UCUCUUGCUCAUUCACUCUGGGCUUUGUGUGAGCGUGCAUCGGUGGCACUGUGUGUUAGCGCAUGUCGGGGAGAGAGCAGACCCAGGCGAGGGAGAACGAGGGGGAGACCAAAAGCAUUCUCUCUGCAGACAGACAACCAAUAAUCAUUCUGCCUGCUGUCAAGGAAGACAAGUACCGGAUAUAAAAAAAAAAAAAGUAACAAAGGAAAUAGACUCAAGAAAGCGAGAGCGAGGAAAAACUGGACUGCCUAAGACGAGGAAUAUUCUAUCACUCACGUGUGGGUGUGGGUGUGUGUAUAUGUAUAUACAGUCACACACACAGCAGACUUCUAUCGGUCAAGCCAGCAAACUCACUCACACUCUCAGACAGUAAAAAAGGGAGGAAGCUGCCUGGAUCUUGCCAAAGAGGUGUUUCUGUGUGUGCAGCGAGAGGAGAAUGGAGGAGGGCUCGGUGUCUGUGGCCCCAGCAUGCAACUCUACGACCACCAACGCGGUGCUGAACAACCACUGCGCCGAUGACAGUAUCUCAGCGGCGAGUGCGUCUGACGUGCAGGACCGUCUGUCGUCUUUGGAGCUGCGUGUCCAGCAGCAAGAGGAUGAGAUCACCGUGAUGAAGGCGGCGCUGGCCGACGUGCUGCGACGCCUGGCGCUCUCCGAGGACACGGCCACCACCGCCAAGAAACAGACUAGCACCAAAGGCCAGACUCCCCUGCGCGAGGCCUACUCUAUGUCCUGCAUCGCCAACGGCAGCUCCAGCAGCCGCAAGCCCAGUCACAGAGACCGAGACAGCUCCACAGUUUCCGUCACCAGGAAGGAUACCUUCUCCUCAGCUGCCAAGAGCGGUCAGACAGCGGAGAGGAAAAAGGACAAGCCUCAGAUGGAGGGCAUCAAGGAGAAGGAGGAGGGGCCCUCCCAGCCCAACCAGGCUAACGAUAAACCCUCCCCUGCCAGCCCCGUACAGCCCUCUCCGUCCCCCUCCGUCUCCAGCCACCCCCCCUCACCCCACCCCCCUCAGUCCCAAAGGCAGGCCCCGGAGAGCAAGGGCACCUCCCCAGCCAAAAGGGGUCACAGUGCGAAGCGGGGCACGGGAAUGGAGCGCUCACAGAGUAGUACCUGGGAGAGUGGCGAGGAGAGCAGGAACAAGCUGGUGAAGGCUGCUUCCACCUCCAAACUGCUGGCCAAGGUGGUGAAGAACGCAGACAAGCAUAAAGACCCAGUGAUCAGCCAAGCCAAAAUGUCAACCCGUGAGAAAAACAGCCAAGCAGAGGGAGAUUACAUCAAGAUGUUCAUGCGAGGUCGCCCCAUCACUAUGUUCAUCCCCGCGGACGUGGAGAACUAUGAGGACGUGCGCACAGAGCUGCCUCCGGAGAAACUCAAACUGGAGUGGGUGUAUGGCUACAGGGGGAGAGACUGCAGAGCCAACGUGUACCUGCUCCCUACAGGGGAGAGUGUAUACUUCAUAGCCUCCGUGGUCGUGCUCUUCAACUACGAGGAGAGAACACAGCGCCACUACCUUGGCCACACUGACUGUGUCAAAUGCCUUGCCGUUCACCCCGAUAAGAUCCGCAUUGCCACGGGACAGAUUGCGGGAGUGGACAAGGACGGCCGGCCGCUGCAGCCCCACGUGAGGGUGUGGGACUCGGUGAGCCUGUCCACCCUGCAGGUCAUCGGCCUGGGCACGUUUGAGAGAGGGGUGGGCUCCCUGGCCUUCUCCAAGGCGGACUCCGGUACACACCUGGCGGUGAUUGAUGAUUGUAACGACCACAUGUUGACUGUCUGGGACUGGCAGAAGAAAUCCAAAAUUGCUGAAAUCAAGUCUACAAAUGAGGUGGUCCUUGCGGUGGAGUUCCACCCUACUGAUGCCAACACCAUAGUAACCUGUGGCAAGUCACACAUCUUCUUUUGGACCUGGGCUGGCACCUCGCUGGCACGCAAGCAGGGCAUCUUCGGGAAAUACGAGAAGCCCAAGUUUGUUCAGUGUCUGGCCUUCCUCAACAACGGGGACAUCCUGACUGGAGACUCUGGAGGCGUCAUGUUGAUAUGGAGCCGGAGCACGGUGGAGCCGGCCCCAGGGAAAGGCCCCAAAGGUGCGUACCAGAUCAGUCGUCAGAUCAAGGCCCAUGAUGGCAGUGUGUUCACUCUGUGUCAGAUGAGGAACGGGACCCUGCUGACCGGAGGGGGCAAGGACCACAAGAUCAUCCUGUGGGACCACGGCCUCAACCCAGAGAGGGACAUAGAGGUCCCUGAUCAAUAUGGAACCAUUCGUGCUGUGGCUGAGGGCAAGGGCGAGCAGCUUUUGGUGGGCACGUCGCGUAACUUCGUCCUGAGGGGGACGUUUAAUGACGGCUUCCAGGUGGAAGUCCAGGGUCACACAGACGAGCUGUGGGGGCUGGCCUCUCACCCCUUCAAGGACCUGUUCCUCACCUGUGCCCAGGACAGGCAGGUGUGCCUGUGGAACUCUGUGGACCACUGCUUGGAAUGGACCAGGCUGCUGGAUGAGCAUGGACACUGUGCAGACUUCCACCCUAGUGGUGCUGUUGUGGCCAUCGGUACUCACUCAGGAAAGUGGUACGCUCUCGAUGCGGAGACCAGAGACCUGGUGGCCAUUCAUACAGACGGCAAUGAGCAGCUGUCAGUCAUACGCUUCUCCGUAGAUGGCACCCUGCUGGCGGUGGGAUCACAUGACAACUUCAUUUACCUCUACACCGUGUCGGACAAAGGACGCAAGUACACCAGAUACGGGAAGUGCAUUGGACAUUCCAGCUACAUCACACAUCUUGACUGGUCCCCCGACAACAAGUUCAUCAUGUCCAACUCAGGAGACUAUGAGAUCCUCUACUGGGACAUUCCAAAUGGCUGCAAGUACAUCCGUAACCGUUCCGAGUGUAAGGACAUUGACUGGGCCACCUACACCUGUGUGCUGGGCUACCAUGUCUUCGGAGUGUGGCCUGAGGGUUCCGAUGGCACAGACAUCAACGCCCUCAUCAGAUCCCACAACAGGAAGGUGAUCGCUCUGGCUGAUGACUUCUGCAAAGUGCACCUCUUCCAGUACCCCUGUGCCAGACCCAAGGCACCGAGCCACAAAUAUAGCGCCCACAGCAGUCACGUGACUAAUGUGACCUUCAUGCACAACGACAGUCACUUGGUGUCCACUGGCGGGAAAGAUACCAGUGUCAUGCAGUGGCGUCUGGUGGAGAAGACCCCCUCAUUGGUCCCCAGCGACUCUUCCCUCUCUCUGGGGGAGGGGCUCCUGCAUAACUCCAACCCCCGCGUCACCAUCCCAGCGGUGCCCCUAACGCCCACCCCCACCAAGCCGGCCGUGACGCCAAUCGCGACCCCAACUCCGCCCUCCGUCCUCGACCUGACCUCUGACCCCCCAGCGGUGCCCUGCGGGGAUACGGCCAUCGUCACGCCCCUCCCACCACCCACCGAGCCCACGACCAAUGGACGGCAGGAGAGCUCCCCUGAAACCACUCCCCCAUCCGGGAUGACCCCACCCCGCUCAGAGUGUACCCCACCCCCCUCCCACAGCACGCUGAGCCCCAAGGACAGCCUGGACCCCAGCGAUGACACAGCCACUCCUAGCGACGAGGGCCGCCCUUUCACCCCACCCUCGUAAAGAGCGUCACUUGUGAUGCAGCCUCGUGCGCUCUCCUGCUCAGCACUCCCCCCUGGAGGCACCUCGAUGUCACUGCGUUUCUCAGGAGAAGCGCAGCAGGGUUCAAUAUUUGCUGUUCAGGUUUCCUUUGUUUUUCUUUUUAGUUUCUUUUCAUGCUCUUCUUUUUGUUUUGUUUUGAAGUCUGUGUUAAUUGGAUAAGAAUGGAGGGUGUAAGUGAGACAAGCAGUGAUAUUAGUGGCUGAUGUUUGUUUUACGCUGUCACUCGGCCUUGUGUGAGGAGAGAAUGUUGUGAUUGUUCUGGGUCGUACGGUUAAGUCAAGUCUGCAGAUGACAGCUCUGUGAGAGAGGGACACACAAGCACACAGACGUGCAAACACUAGCACUAAUACACAAAGACACACAAAAUCACACUCCAACAUCACUCCUUGAUCAGCCAAACAGAUGCAGGAUCAUUUACACAGUUCAAAUAUCAUUGUAAUGUUGCUAUCAUAGAUACUCAUAUAGUACCUGAUACCAAGUAUUACUUAUGUCUUUAUACACAAGUAUAUUAUGCUACGAGAGCCUAGUGCCUCUUCCCUGAGCCUAGGCAGGUACCCCUGGCUAAUGCUCACUCCCCAGUCCAGCCCUUUGUCAAUACUCAUCAUAUAGUCUUUAGGCUAUGUUACCAUAGAAACUUAAACCUAAUCCUAGCUCAAUAAUGCAGCAACCUGCAAUAACACACCAUAGCAUACUGUGUGACCAGACACAACCAGUUAUACACAUGCAGCUAAUAGCACACACACUCCAUCAUUCUGGACUUUCAAUCAGGUGUGUGUGUGUGCGCGCGCGCCUGCAGACUGCUUCAUGGCAAUAAGCUGUUCUCUCUGGUAAGAGUCCCUGCAGGAAACUCAUCCAUCCAGUCUCGCUGUAAAGGCCAAAAAGGACUCUGAUGAAUAAUGGUCCAUAGGAUAUCCUGUGGCUCAUGGACAUUAUGACCACACUGAACCACCAGCGACACACGUACCCAGGUGACUCUCUCACCUGCUCGCCCUACCUUAAACGUGCUACCAUUUUUUUUUAGCGUUUCUUUUCAUUUUCAUUUAGGAUUUAGACCUUUUUAAAAGCUCGUUCUGGGGAGUGUUCCUUCUCUGCUCUAUGGACUGAGAUGUUUUUAAGAUUUUUUUUUUUUUUUUAAGUCUUAUGUGUGUGCGAGCUGCCGUUUACACGUUGUGUCAUUCCGGAGGAGGGUUUGUCCAGC